GACGGGCAGACUCUCAGCUUCGCUCGCGGCAGCGCUUCUGCCUGCUCUUGCCCCUCUCGCCGCGAUGCCACGAUGCAGCGCACUAGAUGCACCCUCCCGGCGCGGCACGGCGCCGGGCCGCUCGUCGGCGCGGUCUGAUUGCCGCCGCGGCUCUCGUCGCGCCGCUUCGUCUCCGCCGCCGUCUCGGCGGCCGCGCGGGCUGAGCUGGGAAGGUUCCGCUCUGGAACUUAUUUACGUGGGCACCGCACCGCCUCGCCUCGCGCCUCGCGCGGCCAACUCUCCACCCGCGGCGGCUGGCCGGCGCCACACGUACCUCCGCAUCUCGCUCACCGAGCGCUGCUCGCUGCGCUGCACGUACUGCAUGCCCGCGGACGGCGUGUCGCUCACGGACGCGCGGCGGCUCCUCUCGGCGGAGGAGCUGCUCCGCCUCGCCGCCCUCUUCGUCCGCGCCGGAGUCGACAAGAUCCGCCUCACGGCAUCCUGUACGUGUAGAAUGUGGCGCCCGGCGACAGCGCGGCAUGGGUGCUCGAGGAGCUCAACCGGCGCAUCGACCGGUUCACCUAUCGGCCAGAGUCCGUCAAGGAGCUCCCCUCCUCGGGCUGGUCGACGCCGCCGCAUUUUGCGAAUGCCGACGAGCAGGCCAACCUGAACGACAUCAUCGCGUCGUCUCUCAACGGCGCCCCCACGUUUGCGGCCGGCGUCGAGUUCUACGAGGCCCGCUUCAAGAAAGACAAGGGGUCGCAGGAGGCGGCCAAGCGGAUGCAGGACGGCCGAUGGACGCGCAAGCAGCAGCAGGGCGAUGUCGCGCCGGCGCGCCAGCGGCUCGUCCCUGCUCGUCUCGCUCAAGCCAGACCAUAGCCUCGACAAGGUCGUCCACCUGUGCAAGAUGGACUCGUGGGGCGCCGUCUCCGCCGCCCCGCUCCGCGUGCCCGGCAACGCCUCUGCGCCCGCCGCGUCGCUGCUUCUCGCCCCCGAGUGGCUCUUCUCUCACUUUCCGUACGGCAUCUUCUUCCCGGCGUACCGCGUCUGCCACGCCGCCUCGUGGGGGUGGGAGGGUCUCUCCCCACUCGAGCAGCGGCUGUGCAUGCCUGGGUUCCGCGUGCCGACGGUGAUGGUGCACAUGGCGGGGCUGCGGAACGGGCAGUGGGGGCGGCGCGGCGUGAUGCGCGCGUUUGGCGUGUGGCAUGAGGAGGCGGACAAGGUGGCGCCCGAGACGUGGGUGUCGCCGCGGACAGAGCGACUGCUCGUGGCCGGGCCAGACAUGCUGCGGGCGGGCCUCGCCUCAAUGUCCGACUUCGACGCGUUUGCAGCGCGGCUGCUGCUGCUCGGCCUGCUUCUCGGCCGGCGCGUCGUCAUGCCGCCGCUGCCAAAGGAUGCGCGCUGGGCGGAGCGAGCUAUCGAGCCGCGUCACCUGAGGGCGAUCGAGGUCGGGUGCGGGCCGGACAAGCAGCGCGUCUGGCUCCCCAUGCCGCACUUCAAGGAGCCGUGGUGCAGCGGGGUCGACUUUCUGUACGAGAUCGACUACCGCGCCGUCGCCCCCUCCAUCCCGCCCGCGGACGUGUCCCACAUCGCCGCCGCCUCGCUCCGCGUGGCGCCCGAGUCGGCCGCCGGGGCGCUCAUCACCAUGUCGGACGGGGCGAGAAGACACACGCCUUCGCCCCCCCGACCGCCCGAGUUGCCUGCCGCGUCUCUUCACAGCACGCCCGCUGUGAACAGGCGACCCCACCCGCCUCGCGCGUGCUCGUCCUCAACGCGGCGGGCGGCGGCGGCGGCGGUGGCUCGCCGCUCGGCUGGCUCCCGAUCGACGACUGGAAGCGGAACGAGUGGAAGGGUCCGUUUGCACGCCGCGUGCGGCCGGCGCUCGAGGCGGCGGGGCUCGAGAACCUCAGGAUCGUGCGCGACUGCAUGCACUCCCUCGCGACGAGCAGGGACUAGACUUGCUCGACGGGCGCGCGCCGGAGCAACACGCCAAGAUCGCCGCAGUGCAGCACGACGGGGGGAGUUCGGCACAUGUCUCACAUGCGUCUGCAGGGGUUUGUUGCUAGCUUUUUAUGCGGUUCUGACGGU